UUGCAGCCGACACAACAAAGUCGACACAACAGCUGACACAACAAAGUUGCUACGCAAUCUAUGAUUUGUAAAGGAAAAAGAAUUGAAAGCACCCCGAAAAUGGCGGAUGUUCGUCAUCGUGAGAAAGGUCAAUUGACAUACGCGCACCUGGAUAUAUAACAAAACAAGCCCUGCGUCAUUCGCUGUUCAAAGAUGCUUAAGAGUAUGAUGUGAUAAGACCGAUCGACGGAGCUUCUUCUAAAUAUCUGUUAUAGCAAAUAAUCAGAGACGUGAGCAAAUCAUGGCAAGCAGGCAUGGAAACGGCCACGAAACAAAUUUUUCUGGUACUAGGGAUGAUAUGUCGAGAACAAUCACCAGUAUUUUAAGAAGAACGCGUCGAUUAAAAUUUGGAGAAUACCCAAGUGUCGUGAAUGAAGAGGCAAAAAAUUUAGAGAAAGAGAUUAAAGAAUUGCUAAAGCUGAACAAUGACGAACUUCAAAAGAAAAAUGGGGAAAUAGAAGUGUUAAAAAGGCGGGUAUUUGGGCUCGAAGAGAAAGUGACAGAGCUGGAAACGGAAAUUAUAGCGGUUAAGAUGAAAGCCCAGUGUGCAGAUACCAUAGAUGCUGGUGAAGCAAUGAAAAUUAUGGAAUAUCACGUGGGGAAAUUCGUUUUGCCAGAAACCGAGGAAAUUGAAAUCGAUGCAAUCCGUCAAAUAUUAACUCACAUACAACACGACCCCGUUUCUUAUGAAAAAUGGCAGCAGUUAACAGAAGCCUGCAUUAUAGACGGAGCAAAACAAGGGAAUGAAUUAUGGACGAAACAGCACAAAAAUGUCGUGAAAACAUUGAUUAUUUACAGAAACGCAGCUGCCCAUCAUAAAAAGUUUGACUUUGAACAACUGUUGCAGAUGAUGGUAAAAGCCAAGUCUAAACAUCGGUCGCAGUGUGAAGACAUUGUAGAAAUGUUUAAGCGAGUCAACUACUUAAUGAAGUUAGGUAUAGUAGCGUCGGAUUUCCUGAAAAGUGAGGUGAGAUCGCGUCAAUGCCAGAAAAGUUCGAAGGAACUACUCGUGAAAUGUGCAGAGCUGUGGGCACGAAAAAAGGUCCUGAAUUUGCAAGACAUCAAAUUAACUGAAGCAGAAGAACACGCUGCGUAUUACCUUCCCGACUUAGUCCGCCGAACAUGGAGAAAUACUAUUCCUUUCGUUUUAGGCGUAAAUAUUGUCAGAUUUCGUAAGAUGGUUGAGAUUAAGACAGCGGAGGUGCUAAGAGAGGUCCCCCUGAUUUUUGUGGAAAAUCGAAGGUGCCAAACCUUAUUUGAAUUGUUGAGGUUUUCGAGAUGUGCUAAAUGGCGGAAAGGUCGCGAGCUUGAAGGAAAUCAGUGGAAAAAGUCGACCGCAGAUAUACGGUGGGAAGAAAGUCACGACAAUGCCAUGAAAGAGAUGACAAGACUGGGUCGAGAUGAUCACAGAAGAUAUAUCGACCCUCUACCUCUAGUCGUUGCAAAAUUGCACGUCGCUGAUUUCAUAGAAAAUAAUGAAUUAUGGGAAGCAAGCUCAGAAAUUCUUAAGAUUUUGAGUUGGAAGGAAAACGAGAUGUGA